CCUCCCAGGUCUGGAGGCGGCCGACUUUUUUCAAAUUUAAGUUCAAGUUAGUAAAUUACCUUAUUACACCUUAUCCAACAAUGUCAACGAUGUUUGUAGGUUGAUUGAAGAAAGGUAGGGUAGGCUUGUUCCAUAUUUAUUUUUUUAUACCGUCCUCUUACAGCUGCGCUCCGUUGCCAUGGGAGUGUCUGCGCUAACGGGGCUGUCCGUAGUUAGUUUACUCAGCCUGGGCUACCUCUCCUGGGACUGGACAAAGCCUAACCAAGUCGAGAGCGAUGCCGUGCCAGAGCCAGGAGAGCCGGGGAGUCCGUCUUAUCGACCCCCGCACAUCAUCUUCAUCAUGACCGAUGAUCAGGGCUACAACGAUAUUGGGUAUCAUAGCAAAGACAUCCGAACACCAGUGCUGGACAAGCUCGCGGCGCAGGGCGUAAAGCUCGAGAACUACUACAUCCAACCUACCUGCACACCCUCGCGUAGUCAGUUCAUGACAGGCAGGUACCAGAUCCACACAGGGCUCCAGCAUGGGAUUAUCCGGCCCCAGCAGCCCAACUGCCUGCCUCUGGACCAGGCCACGCUGCCGGAGCGGCUGCAGCAGCUGGGCUACUCCACGCACAUGGUGGGCAAGUGGCACCUGGGAUUCUACAAGCGCGCCUGCCUGCCCACGCGCCGCGGCUUCCACUCGUACUUCGGCUCGCUCACGGGCAGCGUGGACUACUACACCUACUGGGCGUGCGACGGCCAGGCCGUGUGCGGCUUCGACCUCCACGAGGGCGAGCGUGUGGCGUGGGGCCGCGGCGGCACGUACUCCACGCAGCUGUACGCGCGGCGCGUGCGGAAGAUCCUGGCGGCGCACGACCCCGCCGCCGCGCCGCUCUUCGUCUACCUCUCGUUCCAGGCCGUGCACACGCCGCUGCAGUCGCCGCGCUCCUACAUCUACCCGUACCACCGCAUGGGCAACGUGGAGCGCCGCAAGUACGCCGCCAUGGUCACGGCGGUGGACGACGCCGUGCGGAACGUGACCGCCGCGCUCCGCAAGUACGGCUACUACGACAACAGCGUGAUCGUCUUCUCCACGGACAACGGGGGCCAGCCGCUGUUCGGCGGCAACAACUGGCCGCUGCGGGGGCGGAAAGGGACCUACUGGGAGGGGGGCGUGCGAGGGUUGGGGUUCGUGCACAGCCCCCUCCUGAGGCGCCCGCGUCGCGUCAGCCGCGACCUCUUGCACAUCACGGACUGGUACCCUACGCUGCUCAGCAUCGCCGGGGGCAACGUGAGCGGCCUUGCCUCAGGAUUGGACGGCUACGACGCGUGGGCUUCCAUCAGCGAGGGCGUGGCGUCGCCACGGCAAGAGAUCCUCCACAACAUCGACCCCCUCCACAGCCCCGCCCCGCACGGCUCCCUGGAGGAGGGCUGGGGAUUGUGGGAUACGUCCGUGCAGGCCGCGGUCCGCGUGGGCGACUGGAAGCUGCUGACCGGAGACCCCGGCUACGGCGACUGGACGCCGCCGCAGAUGCUGUCCAGCUUCCCGGGCGGCUGGUGGAGCCUGGAGCGCCACACCGCGCCGCGCCGCUCGCUCUGGCUCUUCAACGUGACCGCCGACCCGUACGAGCGGCGAGACCUGUCCGGGCAGAGGCCCGACGUGGUCAGGCAGCUCCUGGCGCGCCUGGCCCUCUACAACCGGACCUCCGUGCCCGUCAGGUACCCGCCGCAGGACCCCCGUGCCCAGCCGCAGAACAACGGGGGCGCCUGGGGACCCUGGGCCGCGGACGAGGAGGAGGAGCAGGACUGGGGGAAGCUGUCCCAGCUCAGGGGCAAGGAGCGUAAGGGGAAGUGCAAGCAGUGCAGCAUGAAGGCCUUCUUCAAGAAGCUCAACACCGGCAUCAUGUCCAACAGGAUCUAGACAGGGGCUGCAUGUAGUAAUGUUUG